AGGUCGCCGUUUCCUGUAACUUGCGGAGGCUAUGGAGACAUCUAUAAGUGUUGUUUAGCGAAGCCAGAUGAGACCGUCCCGCAGUAAAGACCAUUCGUGCUUUACAGUCUGAUAACGAGGCGUUGAUGCAGAAGAAUAGAAAGAGAAUUCGUCGCGAGCUGAAAGUUUGGGGCCGUCUCAAACACAACAGUAUUCUUCCACUCUGGGGAGUAGCAACUGACUUCGGACCCUAUCUCGCAAUGGUUUGCCCAUGGGCUGAUAAUGGAACUUUGACGGCCUUUCUUGAGCGCCAGGAAGACACGUUGACAUUGGAAGAUAAGUUCACCCUUUUGACCGAUAUUGCCCUUGGGUUGCAAUAUCUCCAUAGUAAAUCAAUUGUACACGGUGAUCUGACAGGAUCAAAUGUCUUGAUCUAUGGCAACGGUCGGGCACGUGUCACUGAUUUCGGUCUCUCGACUAUGAUCGAGGAGUUUGUCGGUACUUCCUAUCUCACGAGUUCCAUCAGAGGACAUAUCCGAUGGGCAGCCGCGGAGCUAUAUGACAUACCCGAAGGUGAUGAAGAAGAUGAUGCGUCGGUGUCGCUCAGCGUUGAGUGUGACAUCUACUCAUUUGGCAGCAUCGUCUUGCAGGUAUUGACUUGCAAGGUACCCUACUAUGAUGUGAAGAAGGAUAAUGUAGUGUUGGGACAUGUCGUCAGAGGAAAGAAACCAGAGCCCCCCAAGGGUUCGCAAGUUGCACCCGUGCACUGGGAGUUCAUACAGCGGUGUUGGUUGCCUCGUGUCAGUCGACCAUCGAUCGGAGAAAUUGUGCUGUUUGCACAUCAGCAAUACUGCGAGCUCCAUCCAAACGAUGCCGUCGACGAUGGGAAUUCACCUGGAAACCCGUCUCGGAUUUGGCCUGGGACCUGGUCUGGGAAUUGGUGUGGGCACUGGUCUGACAGUAAUAGUGAUGAAGGUGACGAGUCAGAUGACGACAGUUCCUCUGGACCCGACCAGGAUACGGAAGGAGAGGGUCUGGAGGACGACGAAGGAGAGGAGAGUGACGAAGGAAAUGGCAGUGAGGGUGACGAGCACGACGGACACGACAAGAGGGGUGACGAGGAUGACGAGGGCAACGAAGGGGUUGACCGUGAUGAGGUCAUUGGCCUGGAUGGAAGCGACGGGUCCGACAACAACGACAGCUCCUCUGGAAUCGAUCAGGAGGUUGAAAGAGAGGACUCCGAUGAAGACAGUGAUGACGAAAGAGUGGAAGGCAAUGAAGGGCACGAAGGCAGUGAGGAGGAUGAAGCGAUGACGAUGAUGAGGGCGAUGAUGACGAUGGAGACAGUGGGGGGGACGGUGACUGGAGUUGUGACUCGGACGGGUCCUGGUAGACUGGUGCAUUACUGAGACUCGGUCACGCCUAAUCACAUAUACCUAAACGACUCGGGCAAAUUUACAUAAUGCUGGCAGCCAGCUGUAACUUGCCUAUAACGUACUCGC